AUGGAGAAGAAAAAGAAAUAUAUAUUAGAUUCCAACAGUUUAAUUAAAUUUAAAGAUUUUUUAUUUUAUAAAUAUGACUGUUAUAUAACUGAAGGGGUAAUAAAAGAAAUAAAAGAUGAGAAUUCAAAAAAGAAAUUAAUGAAUAUUCUUCCUCUUUUAAAAAUUGAGAAACCAGAAGAAGUAGAUAUAAAUUUUAUAAGAUAUUUUUCUAAGCUAACUGGAGAUCUUAACUCAUUAAGUUCUGUAGAUAUAGAAGUUAUAGCAUUAACAUAUAUGCUUCAUAGGAAAUAUGGAGACGUGACAAAAUUAAGAGCAACACCUUUAGAAACUAUUUAUAAAUAUGAUGAUGUUGAAUAUGAAUAUGUGAAGAAUGUUAAUAAAAAUGAUAAGAAGAAAAAAAAAAAGAAAAAUAAUAAAAUAAAUGGAAUUUAUUUUGAUGACCGUGAUAAGGAAAAAGAAACAGAUGAUGAGAAAGAAACAGAUGAUGAAAAAGAAACAGAUGAUGAAAAAGAAACAGAUGAUGAAAAAGAAACAGAUGAUGAAAAAGAAACAGAUGAUGAAAAAAAAACAGAUGAUGAAAAAAAAACAGAUGAUGAAAAAAAAACAGAUGAUGAAAAAAAAACAGAUGAUGAAAAAAAAACAGAUGAUGAAAAAAAAACAGAUGAUGAAAAAGAAACAUAUAAUGAAAAAGGAAAUGAUGAUGAAAAAAAAACAGAUGAUGAAAAAGAAACAGAUGAUGAAGAAAACGAGCAUGAAAAUAUUAAAAGAGAAGAUUAUAAAACAAUACAAAAUGGGGAAGGAGAAUUAUUAAAAGAAAAAGAAAUUUAUAAGGAAAAAUUAUUACAAGUAUGUAAUGAUAACAAUAUGAGUGAUGAUAAUAAUCAUGUUGAUAAAAAUGAAAUUAUUUACUUUGAAAAUGAUAAACGUUCACAUGGAGAUGAUAAUAUCUCAGAAAAAAAUGAUAAGCUUUCCCAUUUAAAUGAUAAUAUAUCAGAUGAAAGUAAUAGCAUUUCUUAUAAUAAUACUGACAUUUCUGAUGACAAUGUUAGCGAUUUUUUUGCAAGUGAAGAGGAAAAGGAACAUUUGAAGAAAGGAAAGAAUAAAUUUAUUGGUUGUCAAACAAUAAAAGAAGAAGUGGUAAAGGUAUUGUCAAAUGAUACUGGCAGUGAUGAUGAUAGUGAUGAUAACAAUGAUAAUGAUGGUAAUGAUAAUAAUGAUAAUAAUGAUGAGGGGGGUGAUUGGAUAAAUCUUAACAACUUUGACAAAAUAAAUUUAAAUAUUAAUACUGAUGAAAGUUUUAAAGAGACAGUUGCAUGUAUAACUACAGAUUAUGCAAUGCAAAAUGUGUUAUAUCAAAUAGGAUUAAAUGUCAUAACUAUAGAUGGUUAUAAAAUAAAUUCCAUAAAAUUAUGGGGUUAUUUUUGUACUUCUUGUUAUUUUUUUAUGAGAACAAAUAAUUUAUUAUUUUGUUCUAAAUGUGGAAAUAAUAAUCUAAGAAAAGUUAAUGUUCAUGUUGAUAAUAAUUUAAAAAAGCUAGUUGUUAAAAUCCCACAAAUAAGAGUUAAUAUAAAAAAUACAAUUUUUAGUAUACCCAAAAAAAAAAAUAAUAACAAUAAUAAAAAUAAAUUUGAAAAUAAAUUACAAAUUUUUAGAGAAGAUGAACUGUUAAUAGGAGGAAGAAAACAAUUUAUAUCUCAUCAAAAAAAAUUAUAUGAAUCACAAAAAAAUAUUAACGAUCCUUUUAAUGAUGAUAAUUUUUAUGAUUCAACAAAUUGUUUUAUUAGAACAAAACUCAAAAGUGGAAAAGUCGCUGUUUUGAAAAAUCCAAAAAUUCUUGUUGGGGGGAAAAAAAAUGUCCACAGAAGGAAGAAAUGA